CGUUUUCUCUCUUUUAUUUCUUUUCUUUUCCGCUUUACUUUUUUUUUAUUUUUUUUUCUAGUAAAGAAAAAGGAAACUUGUAUCUGCUCCUCUUUCCUUCUCUAUUUUCUGCUUUUGUAUACUUGACGGCCACUGUCCUUCGACUUUUUACUUUUUGGCUUUCUUCAUUUCAACACGGUUCCUCAUUUCUGUCAUGGCACUGUGCACCACUUCUUCAAAACCCGCUUGCACUCAUAACCCCGCCAUGGACACUGCUUUUGACACAAAUCUUGAGACUCCGAGUAAACUGGCACUGGCGCUUGACACACUUUCUUGUGACCCCGCUCUUUAUGCACCUCAUUCGCCAGACCCGCCUUAUCCAGGACCUCAGGUACGAGCCUAUUCCGUUACUGCCACACCCACAGAGCUACAAAAGACGGUGCAACGUCAUCAACAACGCAAACAAUAUCGACAUACAGGCCAGGAUUUACCAUGGUGGCAAUAUUACUAUCAGCUCUACCACUAUCAUCCACCACCAGGACGAAAACCCACCGUCUUUGGAUCUUAUCUUCUUUUACAAACCUUGGGGGAAGGCGAAUUCGGAAAAGUCAAGCUCGGCAUUCACAUGGAAACCGGUCAAGAGGUCGCAAUAAAGUUGAUGAAAAAAGACAACAUUGAUUCAUCGACAAGAAUGACCAAAGUGGAACGAGAAAUUUCAGUAUUAAGGACCGUACGCCACCCCUACAUCGUCAAACUCUAUGAUGUGAUUGAAACAGAAAAGUACAUUGGUAUCAUUCAACAAUGUGCAUCAGGCGGAGAAUUGUUUGAUUACAUCCUGGCCCAUCGAUAUUUGAAAGAGAAGGAUGCGAAAAGAUUGUUUGCGCAGCUGAUAAGUGGGGUACAUUACAUGCACCAAAAACACAUCAUUCACAGAGACCUAAAACUCGAAAAUCUGUUGCUGGAUAGACAUCGAAGUAUUGUCAUUACCGAUUUUGGGUUUGCCAACCAAUUCAACUCCGCACGAGACGAUCUCAUGUCAACCUCCUGUGGAUCACCAUGUUAUGCCGCGCCUGAACUGGUUAUCAGUGAAGGUCUCUACGUUGGUUCAGCCGUUGAUAUUUGGUCUUGCGGUGUCAUCUUGUUCGCGAUGCUGUGUGGCUAUUUACCGUUUGAUGACGAUCCUGGGAACCCCGAGGGAGACAAUAUCAAUCGACUGUACAAAUAUAUUCUAAACACAACAUUGACCUUUCCAGAUUAUGUCGGUGACGACGCGCGCGACCUUUUACAGAAAAUGCUGGUCCCUGAUCCGUCGUUGCGUUGCACCAUGAAAACAAUCAUCGAUCAUCCUUGGCUCACGUCACAUCGUCCUCUUUUGGAAAAAUCCGUCCAAGAACUGGAAGCCGAAGCCAUCAGUUCAACGGAACUUCGUAUUCCACGACCGCCAACCGACCACGAACCGUCGACGCCUCCACCCAUUGAAGAAAACAUUCAUGCGGAUCAAACACCUUCGCCGGUCACGGAUUCCGACAGUACCGCUUGUCCCGAUGACACGACUCAUGACGACGAAAAAUUGACCGACGCUACACCAACCCAUCCAGAAAAAUCAUCCAUCACCAUGUCACAUGUUUCCCACGAAUCGUUACCCAAAGACACAGCCAUCGUUCCUGCAGAGCCUGACGACGUUUCAUCGACGGAACCUUCCGUAUCUGAAUCCACCCUCAUCAAGGGAACCAUGGCAGCCACAGAUGAUGCAGCCGUGCCGGAUAUAUCAUGUCUCGAAUUGCCAGCUUCGGCUCAUCCCGAUUCGUGUGAAGAACCAACAGACCAAAAACCAUCGUUACCGGAAUCCUCGGAAGAACAACCACACAAUGCCGUCCCUCAUCCCGAAAUCACGCCUCGACGGCCUGUUUCUGUCCAACCCACCUCGGACCACCAUAAAUCACACCCCCGAGAAAAAUUGCUUCAGUUCCUUGCAGGCACUCCUGGCCCAAUCUCUCCUCAGCCAACAGGUACAGCCAGGUUGAAUGCAUCCGUGCGCCCCAUGUCCAUGGGUACACAGGGAUUACCCACAGGGACCGGCUCCAUACUGCAGGCCAAAUUUAUCUCCAGCAUGCAACGACGAGUCAGUAUGGCGAGACAACAUGAUAACAGUAAAGGAGAGAAACCCGCUCGAACCGUCAGUCUCAGUACCCCUUUCUCACUUCGACCCACCAAUUCAACCACUCAACCCACAGUGUCAACAAGCCAAGUACGACCGAUCCCAGGCAUGUCACAGCCUGUUCGCGGCACCCGAAGAAAAGCUCUCAGUUUGCUGGUGGGAUCCAUGUCCGACUACAUCUCUUCCGAUAACAAGCAACCCAAAAAAGCGGCGACAAAUAUCACACAAAGAACAACAUCUCGCAGGCGUGCUCAGAGCGUCCAGCAAACACAGGAACCACAAGGUUUACAGCAUUGUCGGACAAACCAACGUGACACAAACUCCAUGGUGGGGUGGAACAACGUUCAUGCCAUGCCGUCCGUAUCAGAGCAACCGGUUACUCGAUCACGGCGAUCCUCCGACAAGGACAAACACCGCAGUACUGGCAAGAAAUUGAUGGAUUGGUUCAAAAAGCGUCCUUUAAGCACCCGCGAUAGGACAUUGAACCAUUCAGCUCAUGGUGACACAUUGACACCGGGCCGACCACUGAGCAGUCUGCCUCCUGUACGAGCCAAUGCCAAAGGCAAAUUGUUGGGCAUUUAUGCAGUUGAUUAUAACGAUUCCAAAUUGCGGAUCCACCAAGGCGCCGUAGAACAGGAAGCUUUGACCUCGCGAUCGCCCCAAGAUGUCAUUGCCGAUUUGAAACAAACGUUGAACACCAUGGGGAUUGAUAUCAAGCGCAAGGGCGAAUUUAGACUAAAAUGCGUACGACGAAAGCGGGCGACCAUGGAAAAGCAUGAUUCUUUUCAUCGGAUUCCACUGCAUUCAGAAAAACUAAAAAAGAUUGGCAACGGCGUUCCAUUCCGUAUGCUGCUACGACGAUCGACUCACUCUACAACAGCUUCUUCCGCCAAUAGCACAAUGGAAGCCACCAUUUAUGGUGACCCGGUGGUGGAUCCGGGCGAAGAAGUACGUUUCAGUGUUGAAUUAUGCAAAAUCAAGAAUUUACCGGGAUUGUAUAUCGUGGAUAUUCGCAGACUGCACGGUGACAUCUGGGCAUACAAAUUUCUCUAUCAUACCCUUUUGGAUACUUUAAAUCUAAACGGUAAAGCAGGUCGAUAUAUGCAAAAUUUACCGCCUUCCACCGUUCAACGAUCGCCCACUUCCAGCAACCAUCGCAUAAGCUCCACAAGCAGCGGCAACAGCAGUGCUUUGGAAGAAGUUGAUCCUUGAAAAAACUUCAAUCACCGCAUUCGCACAAACCGUCACAAUAUUUUUGUUCAUAAAGUUUUUAUCACUCAAAAUUUUUUAAAAGCCUUCCCUUUC